GGAAGGAAUAAACUAAGGAGAGGCAGUUACGUCACAUUUCUUGAAGCCGGAAGUAGGGAAGGGUAGAGAAGGCUCCUUCUCGCAAGGUUGGGCACGCUGACUCGCUGACGCAUGCGUCGUUAGCGGCUAGCAGACUAUCACGUCGCGCCUGCAGAGCGUCGGGGCGCCGUCAGCUGACAGACGAGCCGGAGAACGAAGCAUGUGAUUGUAUCGAAGGAAGAACAAAGGAGCGGCAAUGCCUUCUUGCAGUGUGCCCGGGUGCCGCUCGCGCGGGAUAAGAAAGGAACCGGGCGUCACCUUCCACGCCUUUCCCAAAGAUCCCCGUCGUCGGAGGCUAUGGAUCGAAGCCAUAAGACCCGGUCAACGCGACUGGGAACCGGCGAAGUCGGCUUGUGUGUGCUCAAAACACUUUGCACUAGAACACUUCAAUCGGGCGUCGCCGCUGGUAGUUCGCCUCCACGAGGAUGCCGUCCCUGCCCCGACACCCCUUUCACAGCAGCGAGGAGGUGGUGCAGGUACUGCUGCGACUGCUCAGCAGGAUACCCAGCCAGAAAUGACAGCCCUGAGUAGCCCUCCUGGAGCCUCUCCGCAGCAACAGGAACCUAUGGAUUUAAGUGAAAUCCCAGAGACCCUGCCAGGCCUAUCACAACAGGAACCUGUGGAUGUCGCUGACAGCCAGGGGUCUGUGCCAGGUCCAUCACGACAGGAACCUGUGGAUGUCGCUGACAGCCAGGGGUCUCUGCCAGGUCCAUCACGACAGGAACCUGUGGAUGUCGCUGACAGCGAGGAGUCUCUGCCGAGCCUAUCACAACAGGAACCUGUGGAUGUCGCUGACAGCGAGGAGUCUCUGCCGAGCCUAUCACAACAGGAGCCUAUGGAUGUUGCUGACAGCCAGGAGACUCUGCCAGACCCAUCACAACAGGAACUUCCGACUUUGCCAUCCACCUCUGCCUUUGUUGAGACACCAAGGAGAAGGAGACGACCAAUGGUAACCUGCUCUGCCAAGCGUGCCUAUUUUGCAAGCACAAUUCAACACCAUGAAUGUCAUAGCCCUGUGUAUAUGCUCAUGUACUAUCUUCGUCAAAUGAAACCCGAACAGUGGCAAGCCUUUGCAACGGUAUAG